AUGUUCGGAGGGUGUGUCUGUAUGCCGUCUGAGCUGCAGCGGCUCAACCACCUCGAGACAUUCAUUGCCGAGUACCAAGUCAAUUGGGCCAACCUUACCCCGUCUGUGGCAGCCCUCCUCGAUCCAGGCAUGACCCCCGAGCUCAAGACGCUGCUCCUGACUAGUGAGCCCAUGUCGCUCAAAGGUCUUGCAACAUGGGAGGGUAAAGUGAAUCUCUUGUUCGCGUAUGGUCAGGCUGAGAGUGUCAGCCUCUGCUGCGUGAGGAGGAGCCCGACGGUCGCGUCUGACCGAAAGAACGUUGGCCACAGAGUCGGGAGAUCCAUCUGGCUCGUCGACACCGGCGACCAUAACAAGCUGGUGCCUGUGGGAGCUGUUGCCUGGCUGCGAAAACUACAGCCUGGAUACGAUGGGGAGCUCUACAAAACAGGAGACUUGGCACAAUUUGCUGACGAUGGAUCCGUCCGAUACCUUGGCCGAAAAGACAACUCAGUCAAGCUAUACGGACAGCGGCUUGACCUGGACGACGUGCUCCAGCAGGUUCAGCGCUGUCUGAUAGACAUUUCAGACACGGAAGUCUGCGAUGUGAUUAUGGACGUGUGCCGCACGUCAAUAUCUGAGGAUGUCAAGUUGACAGCGUUUCUCGGAAUGAACCCUACGUCACUUGAUACGGGAGGUACUGUUCUCCUCGGCCCCUUGGACCGAGCCACUGUCUACCUGCAGAUAUUUCGGACUCGUUUGGCCAGCGUCGUUCCCCGGUACAUGAUUCCAACCGUCGUCGUCAUAGUGUCCCAUAUACCACUCAAUCUCUCCGGCAAAACUGAUCGCAGAAAGCUGCGCGAAAUUCUCUUCCAGAUGACGGCUUCGGAGGAAGCUGCAUGUCUGGGAUCCGUUGCCAGCCACGAGGCCCCGUGCACACCCCAAGAACUGCAGCUCCGUUCGCUCUGGUCGCAGGUGCUAAACACUGCUGAAUCGAGCAUCGGAAGAUUCGAGGACUUUUUCCGACGGGGAGGCGACUCGCUGGCGGCGAUGAGGCUGGCCUCAGCCGCGCAUGGCCUCGGUCUUAGUCUGACCUUUGGGGACAUUUUUGCGAAUCCAGUACUGUCAAGUCAGGCAAAGCUGAUUGGCUCCACGGAGGGAAACACGCAACAGAGUUACACAUGCUCGGCGUUUGAAUUGAUUACAGAGAGCCAAAAGCAAGCUGUUCUCGCAACAGCAGCUAAGGAGUACGCUUUACCGGCGACUCAGAUUGAGGACAUCUAUCCAACUACACCAAUGCAACAGGGCCUUGUCGCUCUCAACUCCCUACGGCCAGGCUCGUAUGUGUCACGACGUGUCUACAAGCUUAGAGAGGGCGUUAGCUUUCGAAAGCUCGAAGCAGCUUGGAAAGCCACCUUGGACGCGAACCCCGCCUUGAGAACCCGUGUCAUACGAUCUGUUGGUGACGGCCCAACGUAUCAAGUCGUGGUUCGCGACGAGGCGGUUGUUGACAUGGCCUAUGACUUGACCAAAUAUCUGGCGGACGACGAGGCAAAGCCGGUAAAUCUGGGUACGCCGCUCGUACGAAUGGCGAUCAUAUCCAACGCCAGCGGAGAGCCAAACUUUUGCGUCGUUACCAUGCAUCACUGCAUAUACGAUGCCUGGUCAGCGGCUAUCCUGAAGACCCAACUAGCGUGGGCAAUGACUCUAAUGGCUUACACCAGCGUGAAUGAUGUAGUGUUUGGCUUGACGGUUUCUGGCAGGGCAGCGCCCGUGCCGGGGAUUGACAAGAUUGCUGGUCCCACGAUUGCAACAUUUCCCUUGAGGGUUCAGUUGAGGUCCUCUUCAUCAAUUCACGAGGAGCUGGAGACGCUGCAGAAACGUAUCAUAGAGAUGAUACAAUUUGAACAGUUUGGGGUACAGAACAUCAGUCGCCUUGGAGACGACGCGGCCAAGGCGUGCAAGUUCCAAAGCCUCCUCGUCAUUCAACAGCGUCAAUCAUCAGCCGAAAAAUCUGGCAUCUUCGGUGAUACUGGUGCUUUUACGCCCCAGCCAAUGUGGAAUACAUACGCAUUGACGAUUCUGUCAACCCCCGGCGCCGAUAGAUGCGUCCGUUUCGAGGCUGUUUACGAUGCCACGGUGGUGCCCAAGGCCCAAAUGAGACGGAUUCUACAAGUUUUUGGCAAUGUCUUGAAGCAGACAGUACUGUCGCCGGAUAAAUUGGUGGGCGACAUGGACAGUAUCAGCACAGAUGACUUGCAGCAAAUCGAGUGCUGGAACUCUUCAGCGCCUCCAGCCGUUCCGAGGUGCAUCCAUGACAUGAUUCACGACCAUUGCGUAGCGCAGCCAGAAGCUAGCGCGAUUGACGCAUGGGAUGGUCAGUUUACCUACAAGCAGCUCGACGAUCAGUCGUCACUGUUUUCAGCCGUUCUUAGAGAGAAACGACUGGGUCCAGACAUGAUGGUUCCUCUUUGCUUUGAAAAGUCGAAAUGGGUCGCUGUUGCCAUCUUGGCAGUCGCCAAAGCCGGUAGCGCGUUCAUACUGUUGGACCCUUCACACCCAACCGAACGGCUGGCGUGGAUUUGCAAGAAUGCGCAAGCAUCAGUGUUGCUAUGUUCCAAGGAUAUGGCUGCGUUGGCGGCGAAGCUCGGCUGUCAACACGUCGUCCAGGUCGAUGAGAACAGCAGUCGAGAAAACCAAGCCUCGCUAACUACUCAAGUGCAUCAUCCCAUCCAAGCACUCCCUAGUAAUGCCCUAUGUGCGCUGUAUACCUCGGGGUCAACGGGAACGCCGAAAGGCGUCGUUAUCGAGCAUUCAGCCUUCGCCACCCAAGUUACCGCGCUUGGACUGCACUUCCAUCUGGGUCGCCAGUCACGUAUUUUUCAGUUUGCAUCCCAUGCAUUCGACGUCACCGCUGCCGAUUAUGUGUUUGGACUGGCCCUUGGCGGCUGCGUAUGCGUCCCGAAUGAAGCGGACAGCCGGGACAACCUAGCCAAAGCCAUACGAGAUCGUAGAGCAAACUGGACUUUUCUGACACCUUCGGUCGCCCGAACUCUAACACCCUCCGCUGUACCAGAUCUCAACACCUUGGUGAUUGGUGGCGAGUCUGCAAAGGGAAUAGACUUUACGGUUUGGUCAGGCGCCGUGCGGCUCGUCUACGUAUAUGGUCCUGCUGAGGGGACGGUCUACUGCACUGUGCAGCCCAAGACUCAACCGGGUGCCAAUCCGGUGAAUAUCGGAUCGGCAGCUUCUUCCGCAUGCUGGCUGGUAGAGCCUGCCAACCCAGAGAAGCUGGUUGCCAUUGGGGCGGUUGGCGAGUUGGUGAUUGAGGGCCCGAUUGUCGGCCGCGGGUACAUGGGAGAGGAUCUGGGCGGCUCGCCUUUCAUUCCGCCGCCAAAGUGGUUGCGUGCCAUGCCACGAAACGGCGACGGAUCGCUAGAGUUUGUUGGUCGGAAGGACAGGCAGGUCAAACUUCGCGGGCAGAGAAUGGAGCUUGCGGAGAUUGAACAUCAAGUUGCGCGGCAUUUUCCUGCCACAACGGAUGCCAUUGUGGAAAUCAUUGCCCCCGAGAACUCAGACAGUCAGAGGUUACUUGCUGCUUUUAUCUGGGAUGCCAGCAAUGUUGCAGGGAAACGCUCCAGUAACAACCAAGGCACGCUGUCCACGUCUGCCAUGUUCGCCGUCCCAGAUGAAGAGUUUCAAUCUCGGGCAUCGAUCGCGGAAGUGGCGCUACGGAAGAGCCUACCUCCUUUCAUGAUCCCUUCGUUAUUUGUUCCCCUCAAGCAAUUCCCCCUCGGUCCUACCGGCAAAGUAGACCGGCGUCUUAUCAAGGACAAGGCGUGCUCACUUUUGCGACGGGAGCUCAACAUCUACCGUGGCUUCUGUUCAUCUAGAAUGAGGCCCCCUUCCAAUACGUCAGAAAGUAAAAUACACCAGCUGGUUGCAGAUGUGCUUGGUCGGGAUCGCGGCGACAUUGGGAUGAACGACGACUUUUUCCAGCUUGGUGGUGACUCGAUUAGUGCCAUGGUUCUGUCGGCACGGGCUAUGGACAUGGAUCUGAAGUUGUCGGCCGCAGAUAUUCUAGGCCAUCCUCGUCUUUGUGAUAUGGCCGACCUGGCUAUUCAGAAGAGCACGGAGAGAUGCUUGCCCACAGAGCAGCUAUCGCUACCAGAGCCGUUCUCGUUGCUUCCCGCAAACUAUCAUCAUAACACCUUGAUGCAAGAAGUUGUGAAAGGCCGCUAG